AUGGGUGAACUCACGGUAUCUCCUCAGGAGAAACUGUUCGAUGCCGUGUCGGCCAUCAACGAGGUUGCAGAGGAGCUGACCCGUCGACUUCAAACCGAAGAGUGCACUGAGGGAGUGGACCUGACUGAUGGCCACAACGUUGCACAGAUUAUUCAGGGAGUCGGCUUCAUGUUCCUCGCCAUGUGGUUGAUCUUCGCAAACAACUCAAAGGUUGCCGUGGCUCAGAAGGCACCCCUGGAGCAGCGCCACAACAUUUGUGCCACGAUCAGCACAGCCGUGGCCCUCUUUUCUGGCUUCUUCAACAUUCUGCAGCUGACGGCCAUUGAUGACUUCGACUUGCCAGGCCGCACGAACAACUUCACACUCAAUUUGUCCAGGCCCGUCGAGUGGAUCCUUACGUGCCCGAUCAUGCAGCUGAAGCUGGUGGUCCUUGCAGGCUCCCGUGUGCCGAGCUAUCGCCGCUUCAUGAUGCCCCUGAUCUCCGUGGCCGUCCUGCUUUGUGGCACGGCCUCAAUGUUCACAGGUGAUGCCUUGCGCUUUGCGUGGUACGGCUUCGGCCUGUGCCUUGCUAGCAUCAUGUUCUACCACAAUGCCCUCCAGAUCAAGGAGAACAGCGAGGGCGAGGAGUCCUUCCUUCAUGGUGAUUCCGACUUCCGCAAGCUGUCGCUGUGCUUGAUCCUCACAUGGUUCCCCUUCCCGAUGUGGUUCAGCUUGAGCGUCGAGGGUUUCGGUGUCAUCACAGACGGCUUCAUCAUCGAGAUUGGUUGGGUCGUUCUGAACAUCGUCUCGAAGUUCCUCUUCAUCAUCUGGCUGCAACGAAUGAAGAUGGUACACCAGCGCAAGGUGGAGUCUACACGCGAGCUUUAUGGCUUGUCUGCUUCCGACGACAUGACUGAGGGUGACCUGAAGCAGAAAGCUGUUUCCUUGGGCACUCACGGCGGUGUGAAAGCCGAGAAUUACGGCCUUGGCCAAGGGGAGGAGGCCGAGAGCGAG